AUGUCUCACCGUAAAUUCGAAGCCCCUCGCCACGGUUCCCUUGGUUUCUUGCCCAGAAAGAGAGCUGCCCGUCACAGAGGUAGAGUUAAAGCUUUCCCCAAGGAUGACCAGACCAAGCCCCUUGGUCUUACUGCCUUCCUUGGUUACAAGGCUGGUAUGACCACCAUUGUCCGUGAUCUUGACAGACGUGGUUCCAAGUACGACAAGCGCGAGAUUGUUGAGGCUGUCACCGUUGUUGACACUCCUUCCGUUGUUGUUGUCGGUGUUGUUGGCUACAUUGAGACUCCCCGUGGUCUCAGAUCCCUCACCACUGUCUGGGCUGAGCACCUUUCUGAUGAAGUCAAGAGACGCUUCUACAAGAACUGGUACAGAUCUAAGAAGAAAGCCUUCACCAAGUACACUAAGAAGUACGCUGAGGGUGCCUCUGAGAUUGAGACUGAGCUUGCCAGAAUUAAGAAGUACGCUUCUGUUGUCCGUGUCCUCGUCCACACCCAGGUCCGCAAGACUCCUCUUGUCCAGAAGAAGGCUCACCUUGCCGAGAUCCAGGUCAACGGUGGUUCCAUCUCUGACAAGGUUGACUGGGCCAAGGAGCACUUUGAGAAGACCAUUGAUGUCUCUUCCGUCUUUGAGCAGGAUGAGGUCAUUGAUGUCAUUGCCGUCACCAAGGGUCACGGUACUGAGGGUGUUACCCACAGAUGGGGUACCAAGAAGCUCCCCAGAAAGACUCACAGAGGUCUCAGAAAGGUCGCCUGUAUCGGUGCUUGGCAUCCUGCCCACGUCCAGUGGACUGUUGCCCGUGCUGGUCAGAACGGUUAUCACCACCGUACCUCUUUCAACCACAAGAUCUACAGAAUCGGCAAGGCUGACGAUGAGUUCAAUGCUUCUACUGAGUACGACCGCACCAAGAAGACCAUCACUCCCAUGGGUGGCUUUGUCAGAUAUGGUGAGGUCAAGAACGACUUCGUUAUCAUCAAGGGUUCUAUUCCUGGUUCCAAGAAGAGAAUUGUCACUCUUAGAAAGUCUCUCCGUGUCCACACUUCCCGUGCUGCCCUCGAGAAGGUCCAGCUCAAGUGGAUCGACACUGCUUCCAAGUUUGGCAAGGGUCGCUUCCAGACUCCUGCCGAGAAGCACGCCUUCCUUGGUACCCUCAAGAAGGAUCUCGAGUAA